AUGUCUCAAUUUGCACUCACCGAGAGACAAAAGACAGUGCGCGCUGAGGCGGCUGCUCUGGCCAAGACCUUUCUGGAAGGAGCCUACGAGUCAUACUCCAAGUAUGCAGACCAGCUGGCCCGUUUCCGCGCCACGAGGCCCUUUUAUGCAAAGGCUGUGAAAGCUGGCUUUGUCAAGAAGAUGCUCCCAAAAGCCAUCGGUGGCGCGAGUGAAUCGUGGCUCGAUGUGGCCAUUUGCCUUGAAGAGUACUACAGAGUCGAUGCCAGCCUUACCAUCCACGCCGUCGGUGUCGCGCUCGGCUUGCUGCCACUGAUCAUCGGUGGUACUCCUGAGCAGCAGAAAAAAUGGUGCGCACCGUUCAUCAGUGGUGAAGGCGACCACUUGGCGAGCUUGACGCAUUCCGAGCCCGGAGGUACAGCAAACUUUCUCGAAAAGGGGGGCAAGGGACUGGGCGUAACGGCAAAGAAGGUAGGCGAUUUUUAUAUUGUGAACGGUGAAAAGCUUUGGACGACAAACAGCGCCGGCUGGGAUGGCCGAGGCGCAACACUUUCCCUGUUGUGCGUGCGAUACUCGGAGACUGGUGGCCCCGAGGAUCCCAACGUCGACCCUGCGGACAAUGUAAUGAUCCUGGCUGUUACACGGGAGGUGAUAGCUUCGAAUCCUCCAGAAGCCUACCAAUUACUAGGCGAGCCCGACCUCCUGGGCCAUGUCGGCGUGACGGGCCCACACACAAGGUAUACCAACCUCAAGGUCCCAGCAGAAAACCUGAUAUUCGAUCGUGGACAGGCCACACCCAUAAUCGAGAAGGCAUUCGGCGUCACCGCACCUCUUGUUGGAGCCUUCGCCAUUGGCACCAUGCGCGCGGCUUUCGAACGUGCGUUGGCAUUUGCGCGAAAUGACAAUCGUGGUGGCACGGUUCCCAUUAUUCAGAGACAGAGUGUAGCCGACCUACUCAUGAACGCCAAAAUCAAGAUCGACACGUCACGCCUAUUGGUGUGGAAGGCUCUUGAUGUCCUUGAACAUGGACCCGGGGAUCGCAAUGCUCGCUUUGAGUACUCUGUGGCAGCAAAGAUUUAUGCUACUGAUUGUGCUGUUCCUCAAGUCUUUGAGUGCAUGCAAGCAGUUGGAAUGACAUCGUAUGCGGAAAAGACUGCCUUUCCGAAGUUACUGAGCGAUGCCGCCGUUUUCGCCCUUUUUGAUGGAGGCAACGUAGGCAUUAGACGACGUCAAUAUCAGAGACUUCUCUGCGGUCCUGAUUAUCAACCAUGGGCCAGUUUGUAG